AUGCAGCAUAUGUCCCAUGACGGAGAUUCAAACCCGUGUGGUUUCUUUAGUUCUUGUUUUAGUUCAUCUGGUAGGCUAUUUCUUACUGCCACAUCCAAUGGCCUCCGCGCAGUUUCACUAAUUAGAACUUCCACGGGUUCCGUGAGUCCGGCUAAUCCAUCCGUACAGAAGUCCAACGCAAGAAUGGCAUAUCCGGUUGAGCCACCUUCACCCCCAAUAUGCCCUCUCCCAUCAACGCAAAGAACAACAAACGAGAGGACGGAUUCUUUGCCCACUGGUACGGAUUUUUCCACCGCUGAGAGACCAUUUACCGUAAGACACGGCAGCACUUUUUUGGCGGCUUCGACGUCUUUAUGGCGCUCGCCCGUGCGCGUCGUGGCGGUGGCUGGGGACAGCCCCGUCGUCGCGGUUCUGUUUGAGCACACCGCGGCCGCUGAAUACGAGGGAGGCCACCAGCCACUGUACAGUUCCCCCCAUUCCACAGGGCCGAGUACCCCACGCCCUAGAAGUUCGUCCACAUUCUUGCCCUUCAAGGGAAGCCCACAUGUGCACUUGUUUGACGCAGCUUCUGGUGUGUGUUUGGUGGAACUUUACUUCCGUGGGGCACUUGCGUGUACGCUACGGGCUAACACGCACUUACUUAUUGUAGGUAUGAGUGAUUGCUUCCAUGUGAUCAACAUACGAACACUUGCUCAUCUGCGGAAACAAUCAGUGCCCAAUUUAAUAAGUGAUAAACUUUUAUCGCUUUCACAAAUCCCGUUAAAAGUCUAUACACAUCCCCCCCUCGAUGAAGAGCUAAGGGGUAAGAGAGACGUUGCAAAUGAUCAUCCAAAAGAGCAGACGGUGCAUGAGGCUUGGCACAUCGCCUAUCCAUCCCAGCCCCGGAGUACUUCCACUGGGGGUAUAGAGGGAACCGUGAGGGUAUUAACCAUUAGUCUGCCCUCUUCUUACAGUGUGCUGCAUUCCGCUCCGGCUCCUGUCACCCCGAUGCCCAACUCCACGACCGUGUCAUCCCUCACACCUAAAAAUCCCAAACACCUUCGAAGGCAGGAGUUGUCACCUUCUCUUGUUCUACCUGGGGCCAGGGUGGGGACGAUUGAUCAAUCCUACCGGGUGAUCACACCCCAUAGCCAUCCCCUUGCUGUUCUUCAGCUUUCCAUGGAUGGUGCCCUACUAGCGUCGGCUUCCGUCCUCGGCAGCACCGUCAAGCUCAUGGACGCGGUCCACGGUAUCGUCCUGUGUGGGUUUCAGCGUGGGCACUUGCGUGCUACUGUCCACGCUUUAGCCUUCAGCCCCAAUGCCCGUUCCCUGGCCGCGCUCAGCAGCAGCGGCACAUUACAUCUUUUCCAUUGUGCCAUGGCUAAUAUCCUUGACGACAGGGGGAAGCUAGGGGGGGGGCAAACAAGGCAUACUUUGGCGAUGAGCAACUCUAAGUCAUCCCCCUUUAGCAACAUCUUGAAUAGUAAAAAGAAACGGGCGUUCAAUAAAAAAGUUGUUUGUCCUUUGUUGCCUAACACCUUGGCAGCGAUUCCGCGACUUAAUUCCUCGCGGUCUCGUUCUCAUUCCUCAGUGACCUAUGCAUUAUCAAUGAGGCCCAGGGCGAAAGCAGCAGAUUCCCUCUGUUUUGGAAAGACUCCCGAAAAUAGUGUAAUGGGUUCAUCAGGUACACUCUGCAGAACCGCGAAAUUUCUUCCUUCAAUGGGCAACUACGCAUACUGCAUGUGCUUCUCUGCCGAUGAAAGGUACGUGUGGGUGGCUCAACAACGAGGCACACCUGUUGUAUUUUCUGCCGCAGGAACGAAUCCACCUCCGAAGGCUUUUACGCGGACAGAGGGCAAUAUGAAGCGCAGUUCCGCACCCACCACACGGACUCCGGUGAAUACUGACACGUUAGUGGGCCCCGCCGAUGCUUCUACAGCUACUGACACCAUAUUUGGCUCGAAGGAUUCCCAUGUUGUGUAUGCAAGUCUACAGCGUUUUGACAUUGACAACACUGAUUUAUUUGCAAAUGAAAUAUACAACGUAAAAUCGUAA